AUGGCGACAACAAUGAAUUCCCUCCUGGAAUCAUUGAUCUGUCAUGUUGCCUUACCUCCACGUCUUCCAGGUAAGGAAGACAGGCAUGAUCAAUUGGAGAGUGCCAUCAUGGAUCAUUUCAUUACUGCUUCGAAGAGCAUGAGAGACAUUACAAGUGACGAAACCUCAAAGAAUUGGGAUUGGAUUCGUCGGUCGUUAGAAGCCGCCAAAUUAUUGAAUGCUAGAGGCAGACUUUCCAAGAAUUCACUUUUGUCCGAAUUCCAAACUCUUCAACAAAAUGUUUAUCUGAUACUCAAUGUUGUGGAGCAAAAUGCAGCUCUGCUUAUUUAUCGUUCCAAAAGUGGCGACCGCGUAGUGUUUGAAGCUUUCGAGACAUCUGCACGCGCGGAAGAUGUCUUGGCUGCCAAGAAUGCCCUAGAAUGGGAUUUCCCCGGGUAUGCUGUCGAUAUUCCAUUGUCAACAUUCGAGCGGCAAGACUUUCUGGAACAAUUGGCCACCUUCUUAGAGCAAGCCAGUACAGAGUCCAUCAAGCGAUUCGCUGCGAGAACAAACAAAGCUGGGUCUCUUGCCACCGAAGCUCGCAACACUGUCUCGUGUGCGCUCAUAACACAGAUGCUCAUGACGCUACUGGAAGGCAAUGGCCGCAGAAUAUAUCCUUCGAUUUUAAAGAAGCGGGUUCAAGAUGAUGUGUUGUGGUUUGAUGCCGAGAAGCCAUGGAGACGAAGCCCACUUUAUCUUAUACUGCGAGUCGCCUUACAAAGACAGCUCCACUCAAUGUCAGAUUUAGGCCGAACACAGUAUAAAUUCAUGAGAUGUCUAGCCAUGACACAACUCCUUGAGCAGAGUUUCCACGCCGUCAGCAUUGAAUCUCUUUCAUUCUUGAAAACUAAACUAUGCCGACGCCUUGCCAAACUCGAAAACGACAGUGGCGAAGUAUCGACUGUCCUCGGAGAUAUCUUUGAACAAACAUUCACAUCCUUGAGGCCCGUUUUUACAAAGGCAAUCCAACGCGCGUCAGCUCUGAUUGAAAGCCAGUGGGAAACUUUCAAGAGAUCUAAUCAGCGACCGGUCAUGCCACUCCCGAGACGUGCUGCCGAACGUGAUCUUUAUUUGACUCUCCCGAACAGUGGUCCUUAUCUACAGCGUAUAAUAUUGUCCGAGUCUCUUCGUCCACCUCCACGUUCACACAAUCGUAGAAUUCCUGUCGACGUAUCAUCAGCAGCCACUAAGAAAAUUGGGAAAUUUGGAAGUCGCUAUCUUUCCCUUUGCGACAUGGAAAUAGGUAUAGAAUUUGGACAUAGCGCUCCAUCUUCAUCUAUUCCUGAUAAUGAGUUGCGUUGCAGAGAGAUUUCGAAGCAAAUCAAAAAGUACCAGGCACUUUCGGAAGGCGCGUAUUCCUCUAAUUUGGGAGAAAGCUCUAUCAUGAUAUUGAGCAUUAUGGAACUUUGGAUGUCUAUGGAUAAAUGUGCUUGUAUUGUAUAUCCACUGCUUAAGGAUUUCCAUCCUUUUUUUACGUCAGAGAUGAUGGAUGUCUUACAAUUACCUCUUUAUAAAGACAUGUGCCGAUUGCAAAAAGUUCAGGAAUAUCUGCAAGGUCGCUGCAGCAGUAGAGCAGACAUGACAAUCUUCGAAGAUGCAGUACGAGGCUGUUUUGCCGAGCGUUACUUUUUGGAGUCUGCGGAAGCUCCAAGGCUGCAAGCUCUCUUUCGACGUAUCGAGAUUGAUGCAGAUCAAUUGCGCCAGAAGAAAGAAGCAGAAUGGGAGGAUCUGAGCAAAGAACAUGAUUGUCUGAUCAAGACUAUCGGUGAGACUUCCUGCAUGUAUACAGUCGAUGGGCAUGACAACAGAAACUGUACAAAAUGUUUUUUGCAACGAAAAGCUCGAAGAUUUGCCAUUCAGGUCCAUGAGCACCCUCUGCCUUCAAAUCUCACUCGAGCAAGGGUGGCUGUUUUUGAAAUAUCCUGUCCCAGGACAUUCUUGGUUUAUCGAGACACCACCUGGAAGAUUCUGAAUACUUUGGCUCUUCCAAAAAAACAAGUUGGUAGCUUGGAGCCUUUGGAGCCUUUGGUUCUGCUGGAGGACUAUCCUGGCCUCUCACGGUAUGUAGAUGAUCGUAACGAGCGUGGGCUCUCAUUGGGAUCGACGACCAAAAGUUUUCUCAAAACUCAUUAUGCCAAUGUUAGAUUUCCUUGUGAUGUUGGAGAUGUAUGCCUCACCAAUGGCUUGAAGUUGUUUUACUACGACAUACCUUCCAAAGUGUGGACAGGUCAGGAAUGUGAAAACCAACGACCGACAUUCUCUCAUCAUUUCCUGUUCACUGUACCCAAAAGCUCGCCGUUUUCCAUACUUUCGCCCGAGUUAAAUGGUAAUAGAGACGGGCCUUCGUCAUACGAGGUAGUCGCAAGUCAAUCACGAUGCCCCCGAGGUCUCAAUGUUCAUGAGUUUAUGGCGUAUCAAGCACUACUCUCUGGUAAAACCCGUCGUCUUCCACAACUAGUGGUGGAGCUUGGCUCGCAGAACCUGAAUUUCAGUACUGAAGCAAUGGCCAUCUUGGUCUCACGCUUGAUACUCGAAGCUGGACCAAAGCUUACCGGUGACCCUCUACGUGUCGUUCAUCAGUCGUAUAAAGACAAAACUUUGUGUUCUAAGAUGAUUGAGCAGCUGGAUCAAAAAUUGGAUAACAUCAGAUCAAACUAUCGUGAAUACCAUGCUAUGGAAUUAAUACUGACAAUACUCCUGCGUAUGAAGCAACUCGCACGAUUUGAACACAAAGAUUUAGCCUCAAACUCACUACAAACCGCUCGAACAAUCACCGAAUCAUGGGUUCAGACUCUUAGAGAGGAAAUGAAGCAGGCAAACGAUUUUGAUACAGCUUCGAGGUGCCAAGGCUACUGCCUGUGGGCUGCUCUCCUCUGCCGACGAACCUUUUCUUACCAAGAUGGCACGCUGCUAGAUUCUACGGCACUUCGUUGUUUUAUUGAAUGCUCGAUCACUCUUCAAGAUAAUCUUUCCACUGAUCCUGCGCAGGCCCCAUUAAGUCUCAAGAAUGCCAUCGUUCGAGAUUUAAAGGCCGUCUAUCGUAUGCGACUCAUUCUACGAGAUUCUCUGAUGGUCAGUCCUCAGUCUCUAUUGUUAGCGGUGGGUAUUGUCUGGCCACAGCCAGAAGGAAGUGAGCCGCGCAUAGCUUCCUCUUCAUUGUCGUUCGACAGCCCCGAAAAAUGGUGGGUUCAAGCAAGAAUUAUCGGCUCGGGCUUCAUGAAAGAACAGACGCUGAGCUUUCACCUGUUCUACGGCUAUCUAUUGAUCGACGGCCAGCCUCUAGGAAUGCUUCCCGUUGAAUAUAGAACAUCAGCUACUCUACAAGAUCUUUUUGGCGAUGUCAAUCUGCUCACUUUCCCAUCAUCACUGCCUGGCUCAGACUUGCAAUUACAAAUCCGUCCUUUUGGUCAUACCAUUCAUCUUAGUUUCCGUGCUAAGGAUAUUGUUGUUCGAGCAUACAAACAAAACACCAUCCUGGAGCUCAUACCUAGCAGAGUCUUCCACAGUGGCGAGACCAAUUUCGAUCUACCCUAUCCACUAUUGAUGAAUUGCAUUCACUGGUUCAAUCUCACAACGGGCAUUAUUGACAUUCGGCAAAAGCCUCAUAUAUGGACUUCUAAACCUUCUAACUGGCAAUUGAAUGUACGAGAUCGUAGGGCUAAUCGUCGUGCUGUCUUCCUUGUGGAUCCUCAUAGCACAACUUUCAAGCGGGUUCAAAGAAUAUUUGAUUUUUUCGAGUAUCCAAGUUACUUGACAGUCUAUCAGCCAAAAUACAGGAAUCUAUCCGUUGAACUGAAACGUCUUUCAUUGGCUUUUACUGUGAAUCGAGAUAAAUUUCUUGAAUCUUCACAGCUGCGUGCAAUGAUCGACGGUGAUCAAGACUGUGGAACUUGGUAUGGGCUACGUAGUAAAAUUGUCCUCCGGGACGUUCUCAAUCCACGAGUGCGUAGCGUUCUCAUACCAAUGCCUGGCCACGUGCUAGAUAGUAUCAAGUACCAUCGACAUGGAAUACAUGUUAACGUGGACAUUACUAAUCACGGAGAUUUCGGUCGUUAUUACGUCAAUGAUACCCUUGGACGAAUCGAUUGUCCCGCUGAGCCAUGGCUACUAUAUACUAAGGCUCUGAUACAUGCUACUACAUCUUUCCUCCUACCGGAUCCUUUAACAAAGCGCACUGGAACGGAAGAAGCUGUCGCUUGUUUGAGAUCCGGCCUUUACCAGCCUUGGACACCUCUGCAAUUGACAGGGUACAUGUGUCUCACAAGAAUUGCGAUGCUUAGCCCAACCAGGCAGUACUAUCCGAAGGACAGCAACUCUUUGCAAAAAGUUUAUUGGAACGAUAAAUUGACAACCACUAUCCAAUACGAUGGCUAUGGUUCAAUUGUUCAAGAUAUACUUGAAACGAAUGGAAAGUUGACCAUGUUUUCUUCCGAAAAGAUUGAGCUUCCGCAGCCCAUGAGAGAACGACAGCAGCAUCUCACAAGCAGAAGUUGCGCUCGCUUGAGAGCUUUCAAACGUCCCGAUGGAUAUUUGGAGGAGCAUGAAAUUAUUCCAGAUUCUAAAUAUGAUUCGAGAGAUAAUUAUCGUGCUAGUCAAAGACGCAAGAACAUCUUAGAAUGCGUCGAUAGCAUAAACCGGUGGCCUCAAACAAUACACACUACGGCAGAUUUGGCUGGUGUUCUCCAGAAAUACCAAGAUCUUGCAGGUUUCACGAGCGAAUUUGAAAAGAUUCUCCUCACGGAUCGUCUAGACGUCGAUUUUGGUCUUUCCUUUGGUCCUCUGUACCGCUUCUGUCAACAGGUGUCCGCAGACGACAAAUUUCGACUUCAAUUUCUUUUUGCCUUGAUAUCUUUUCAAGAUGGUGUUGAUAUGGAUAUCAUUAGGGUACUGAUUGCUUGCUCCGUAUUGGACGAUUUGAGGGAGCUGGAACCCCCAGCAUGGCCCAUUUAUGUUCAAUUUCGCCAAAACCGGAUUCCUCAUUUGAGCUACCUACUACAAUUGCUGAAGUCGUGUCGAAUGCCAUACUCACAAGAUUUUCGUGAUGACUUUGAAGGAUUUAACCUCCACGCAAAGCAACGAAAAAUUCUAGAGCGUCGAGAACAUCAGUACGAAACGCAAACGGAUGCUGAUUGCGAGCUGUUCGCUCAGUUUCUUCUCGCUCAAUGGCCAUGCCUCGAGCCUAAAAUUGAGGGUUUCUCGAUUGAUGAAGCACAGAUAGAUAUUCCGAAGGCUUUAAGUAUCAUUCAACCGGAAUGGGCGCGGCUCUUCCAGAACAUGGAACUCUCCAAGUUUCUUGAGCAGGUUCAAAUCGUUCUAAAUCGUGUUCACAGCGGAGAAGACUUUGUUUUGCCAUAUAUGGAAGUUCAAGCACAGAUGGUAUAUACCUCAAGAGUCCGGGGCAGCGAAUUUACCACGCUAUCGGCAAACUUAAUGCGAAUGCCAUGCAAGAUCAAGACGGCCCCCAGGAAAAUGAUUGCCCCAAGCAUACAAGCGAAAGACACUGUGAUAACUGGACAUCUUGUUUCUCAGGAAACCUUUCUUCUUGAGAAGAUUAUCACGAAUAUCAUAGAUUCUAAAGCCUCGCUAGUCCGUAUGAAAUAUGGGCAAGAACUGAUGCAAAGUCUUGAGGCCUUCAAACUAUUCGAGCUAAUUCCCAAAAGUGGUCAAAAGCCCAUUGAUCCUUCAAAGCUUACCAAUGAUAUAGAUGAAGCUAGAAGAACAGUUCUCGAAUUAUACAAUGUCAUAUAUCGAUCGUUCAGCAAUUCGAAUGCCAUCUGGCUGCAAUUAGGCGGUUUGUUUCCCUGCAUCUCAACAGUCACUUUACUUGAAAACCUGCGUUCCACUGUACACACAUCUAUUAAGUUCGGAAGUGGUAUGAGAGAAAGUUUGGUUGAGUACGCUUUGCAAAUCACGACUCUUCAGCGACUUCUGAGACUUGAAUCAGCCUUUUUGAAAUGUGACCUCCAGCGAUUAGUCGAGGAGCAAAAUAACAUAGGACAUUCGAAUUGGCAGCCAAUAGAGGAGCCCGAUUGGCUUCUGAUUGAAGUGGAAGCAAAUCUUCUCAUUAGAUCUGAUCAAGUCGACGUGGCAAGGGCCACAAUCAGUCCGGCUUCAAAAUCCAAUUCCGUUUUACAGAUGAACAUGGGGCAAGGCAAGACAUCAAUCAUUGUACCUAUGGUUGCGUGUAAACUGGCCAAUGCUGAACGGCUUGUACGGAUCAUUGUGCCAAAGCCGCUAUUACUACCAACAGCUCAGCUUUUGCAGGGACGUCUUGGAUCUCUGUUGGGCCGGAGCUUUCUUCACUUGCCAUUUUCGAGAAAAACACCCACAAAUACAGUGAAGACUUAUUUUGACUUGCACAAAGCCACUCUAACAAAUUCGGGUAUUGCUGUCGCUUUGCCAGAACAUCUAUUAUCAUUCCGACUUUCUGGUCUUCAACGGCUUUCAGAUGGCCAUGUAAACGAGGGGAAUGCAAUGGUGAAAGUCCAACAGUGGAUGAAUAACAAAUCCCGUGAUGUUAUGGAUGAAAGUGACCAAAUCCUUUCUCUACGUACUCAGCUCAUAUAUCCGAGUGGGGCUCAGAAACCAGUUGACAAUUACCCUUAUCGUUGGGAAACAGCCCAGGCCUUGCUGGCACUUGUACGUGGGCACCUGUACAAUCUCGAAAAAAACUUCCCACGCAGUAUUGAAGUCAUUCAAAGACCUCGUGGUGGCUACCCAAUGCCGUUUUUCCUACGAAAAGAUGUUGAGGAGGCAUUACUUGGUCGACUUGUUGCUGAUAUUUGUAAUGGACGAACAUCGAUUCUCGAUAUCUCGAGUUGCUCCAAAUCAGAUCGCAUGGCUAUCAGGAGUUUUAUAACGGAGCCCAAGGUCAGCUCCGGUGUAGCCAAAGCCUUAAAAUCUAUCUUUCCAGACAAACCAGCAUUGAAACAAAGUCUCUUCCAUGUUCGCGGUCUGUUGGUACACAGAAUUUUGUUACUGGCCCUAAAGAAGAGAUGGCAUGUGCAAUAUGGCUUACAUCCGGAGAGAGACCCCAUUGCGGUUCCAUUUUACGCAAAGGGUAGGGCAAGUGACCAAGCCGAAUGGGGUCACCCUGAUGUUGCGAUACUUCUAACCUGCUUGGCUUUCUAUUAUGAUGGACUGAAUAGUAAGCAGUUGCACCAAAGUCUCGAGCAUGUCCUAAAGUCAGAUGAUCCAGCCUCGAUAUACGAUCAAUGGUCUAUGAGCUGCCCCACGCUGCCCGACGCAUUACGCGAGUGGAACAGCAUCAAUUUAGAAGAUGAACAGCAAAUGUUUGAGCUAUGGACCUAUUUCAAUUUCUCUCCCACGAUCAUCGAUUAUUAUUGCAACAACUUUGUUUUCCCGGCACACGCCAAAUCUUUCAGUCUCAAAUUGCAAGCUAGUGGUUGGGAAAUUCCUUUAUCCUCCCUGGAUAACCCAAAUUCCAUGACUACUGGGUUUAGUGGUACUAAUGAUAACCGAAAUUUGUUACCACUGACUUUGAAGCAGCAAGAUUUGCCGGGACUUUCGCAUACCAACGCUGCUGUUCUAAGCUAUUUACUUCAGCCGAGAAAUAGAGAAUACAUCGUUGCUGCUGAUGAGCGUAACCGCCAUAUUUCUGAGGUUGAUUUAUUACACAGGAUCUCAGAAAAGGGCAUUCGAGUACUCAUCGAUGCCGGGGCGCAAAUUCUUGAGUUUAACAAUGAAUCUCUUGCAAGAGCAUGGCUUGAUAUUGAUAUACAUGCAAAUGCCGCUGUAUACUUCGACGAUGCCGGAAAACCCAUGUUAGCCCACAAGGGGUGUCGACCGGUACCACUUUCAGCCUCACCAUACUCUGAUGACUUGAAAGACGUUGUUGUUUAUCUCGAUGAGGCCCAUUGUCGUGGGGUUGAUUUGAAACUGCCUGCUAUCUCUCGUGGGGCUUUAACUUUAGGUCUGGGUGUAACGAAAGAUCAUAUUGUUCAAGGGGCAAUGAGAUUAAGGCAACUAGCAACUACUCAAGCAAUCACGUUCUUCGCACCGCCGGAAGUCAACCAGAGUAUCUUGGACUGUGUCAAAAAGGUUCAGGGCGAUCAUCUCGACUCAUAUGAUGUCAUAUGCUGGCUUCUAGAGCAAACAUGUAUGGGUAUCGAGCUUAUGCAGCCUCUAUAUUACUCACAAGGCAUUGACUACUGUCGUAGAGUUCAGGCUGCUGCUGACAACAUAGAUUUCAUUACGGAUGCCAAUCAGCGAGAGCAAUACUUAGAUGCUCUCAGGCAAAAAGAGCAGCUUUCCUUGGAACGACUUUACGGAGUCAAAACAAAAUCCAAGGCUGCUGUUGGCUCUGGAGCACUAACUCCGCGGAUAUCUGAGUAUGUGAAGGAGCUCAAUGCAAUGCGCAAAAACUUUCGAGAUACUGGAGACGCUGUGCACCAUUCUGCCUUGCAGGAGGUUGAACAGGAAAGAGAAGUGGCAUACGAGAUAGAAGCCGUACGUGAAGUCCAAAGACCUACUCACUAUGUUGCUUGGUCGUUUCCUGGCCUUGACAGAGAUAUCGUCACCUUUGUCAAGACCGGUCGAUUGCCUGCCGGCUCUACAUGUUGCGAACAGGCUUUUCUAGCUCUGAGAAAGACUGGUGUCGGUAGAAAGUUUGGCAUCAAUCCCGAGGCUCUCAAUUCUCGGUUAUUUGUUUCUAGGGAAUUCUUACGUUCUGUCAAAGUAACAACUCAGCCGCAUGAUAACUUUUUGCGACAAGUGAGCUGGAUUCUUUGGAGUCCGGUUACCGAAACAGCUUUGGUUGUCAUACCCGAAGAAACUGAACUGCUCGUCCCAAUUCUGCGUGGUGAACUAUUCCCUGUCUGUUAUCUCUUGACCUAUGCAGCGCCUAUAACCCGCAAGAUGCUUGUCCAUUUCAACGAUCUCAAAUAUUAUGCUAUUCCCGCACUUUCGAAAGAUUGGGUUGCACCAAUAUGGUUGUCAGUACAAUUGGGUAUCUUCUCAGGUGCUCUUUAUUUUGAAUUCUCCCACUACGAGUACUUAUGCAAUUUUCUGGGGUUUGAAACUGAUAAGGUCAUGGAAGAGACACGGGAAGAAUAUUUGGAGGAAGGAUUUCAAAUUAUCGAUGGCGUUCCUGAUGAGAAUGAGAAUGCGAAGGAAAACAAGUCCGUCGGCUUCACGGCCAAACCUCUAAAUUUCCUGCAAGAGUGGUUAAGUGUAAGACGCAAGGGGCAAGACUUCUCUCACACUCCCAUGGGAUAUGUGUGUCAAGGAAAGCCGCUCACAGAAACCCAUCCGUUCUUCAGCAAGACCGAACCAGGUACCCACACGAAGCCUCCCGUUCAGUCUAAUAGAAGAGGGGUGUUUACAUCAAAAGGAUUCUCGGCGGAUGCUACCCAUGAUGACGAUAACAAUGAUGACUGGGCUGAUAUGAUUGAUGAUGAUAAGGGCAUCUUAAUUGACGGGGAAAGUGAUUCGGAAGACUAUAUUACGGGUGAGGAGAGUAGUAGUUUGUCAACUAAUUCAGAAGAGGAAUUUUGA